AUGUCCGCGCCUCCUUCGGUAUCUGACUCGGCUUUGGGUUUAACUCAGUCUGAACUCGUUCUCCUCCGCCAUCACUAUCAGGUCGUCACCCAGCGACACCCUCCGCGCGGCGCAAUGGCCGACCGAGGCCGAGGCACAAGCAGACAGUCUCAACCCAGUUCUCGCGCAGCCAGUGCGGCGAGUAGUCAAAGUGCCCCUGGGAGGAUUGUUCUGGAUUCCGACACUCUCCAGAACCUAUACCUGCACCUUGAAAAUGUGAUGAGCGCUAUCCAACGCCGCAUCGAUCAACUCGAGGAAGCCACUGCACAAUCUGUUGCAGCUUCGAGAGAUCGAUCAAAUGCUCUCUUCUAUAACACAAAUUCUAAUAUCUCACGAGUACACAAAAUAAUAGCCGAGAUCGAUCGUUGCGAAGCCGAAUUUGAGAAGGCCAAGCGAGUCCGGGAUAGAGUCAAACAGUUGAGAAAUGAAGUCGACGAAAUGGAUGCUCGACUGGAUCGCACCCUGGAUCGCAGCAGCCGCCCUACCAGCUAUGUCACGGCUGGAACUCGUCCUCGUCGCUAA